AUGGUAAUUUUCAGACUCCACGGCGAUCGUCAACCACAACAACCGCAGCAUGGAACAACUGGAGGAGCGACCUGCCUCUCUGGCGCUCCCAACGAGAUCUGGUCUUUCGGUGAUGAAAGCUACGAUAUAAUGAAGAAAUACCUCCAUCUGCGCGAGAGGCUCCGGCCUUACGUCCGUGAAGUCAUGGCCGAGGCACACGAGAAAGGCUCACCGGUUAUUCGAACGCUCUUCUACGAGUUUCCACAGGACAAGCAGUGCUGGGAAAUCGACGACCAGUAUUUCUUUGGCCACAGGUACCUUGUCGCGCCCGUGUUGAAGGAGGGCCAGACCAAAAGGGAAGUCUACCUUCCCAAGGGUGCAAAGUGGAGACGGUUUGAUGAUGGCGAGGUCAAGGAUGCCGAAGAGCUGGAUGGUGGACAGUCUAUUGAGGUGGAGUGUCCAUUGGCUGUCAUGCCUGUCUUUGAACGGGUUUGA